AAAUUUUAAAACCAAACCUGGAUGACUCGGGUCGGAUAUCAACGGCAGCUGUGAACUGAAACAACGUCGUGGUGUGAGAAGAAGAGUUGAGAGUGAAAGUGAUGAUGGAGAUGUUCUUCUGGAGAGGAAGCACCGACAUGAACCUGCUUCAACAAUUUCAAAACCAUUCCAAUCUUCUUCUUCUUUCUGGCCCUCCUUCUUCUGGGAAGACCUCUCUGCUUUUCCAAUUUGCAUUUAAUGUAGCACUUCACUCCAACUCUUCCAACCCAAACGUUCUCUUCAUUUGCAACCGCCACAGGUUGGAUUCCAAACCCCCUUUUCUUUCUCAGGAUAUUGACCCAUCAUCUGAUAUCUUCCAGCGUAUACAAAUGAAGUACAUCAAUGAUGAUGAAGACAUUAGGAAGUACUUUGCUGCCUUCCAUCUGCUUGAUACAUUUCCUGCAGCAGUUGUUAUUGAUGAUUUUGGAGAUUUCUUUGACCAAAAGAUCUGCCAACAAAGAUAUUCUAAUCCCCGGGGACGAGACUUAGCCAUGGUCAAGAGUCUAGCCUUGUGCCACAAUGCAAUUACUUAUGCAAAUCAAAAAGGGUCUUUCUGCAAGCUUCUCUUGUCAGAUACUCAUACUCACCAGGGAGACUCUCCAAGGUUUCACUUCAUUUAUAAGAAAUGGAUACACACCACUUUUACAAUUAAAGAAGGGGAUGUAUCUGGAUCAUUUAUUCUCAAAGAUAGGAGCUAUUCACGAAAUGACAACACGGAUAGGAGGAUUAAAGCUGCAAAGUACUCCAUAGCUCUUCAAUAUCUGGUGUUUGAUGGAAUCAUCGAAGGUCAAGAAGAAUAGAUAUUUACCUUCUCCACAAUUGCAACUGAUUGAUACCGAUUACUCUGUUCUUUGUUCUCUUAUUCCAUUUAACAACUAUACUCAAUGAUAUACUGAACUUUGGUUUGCCAGCAUCUUCAGUGAAAUUUUUAAUAAAUGAUAAUCGAUUAGAUUGACGGAAAUCAACUGUGAUGAUUAGGUUGGUUGUAAAGGUGGUAAACCUUUUUGGUUGUAAGUAUAUGU